AUGGUUGUUGAGACAUUUUCCAUGGUAACAAUUUUGGAAUGCGGACUGAGAUGCAUAGGACGUUUCCAAGAGUGUAAGUCAUUCAAUUACAGACAAAGUCGUAAAUUUGUGGACACAUUCUGUGACAUAAACGUCACAAAACGUGCCCUCCCAGAAAAAAGUCUUCGUGAAGAUGCGGAAUCAACAUACGGAGAAAUCGUAGCUCCAAACUUUGAGGUAAAGUUCUAUUUUCAACUCAUGUAUAUGUAUAUAUAUGGACUACAAUAUAUAUGGACUACUAUAUAAUUAUUUAAACAGGAGGAGAAAUCAGUUGGGAAUUUCGGGUUUGUAUCCUUCGCCAUGCAUAUUUGGUUUUUGUAUUACAUUUUUUCUACGCAAAAAUAUGUAGUUUUUGGUUUUGUUGCCUUUACGGUUUGUCUUUUUCUUUUGUUAAAAGUAUAUAUAUAGUUGCGAUUUCUCAUAAGUGCCGCGUAUUUGGCAUUCAAUUUACAAUGAGUUUGUGUUAAAUCAAUAUCCAAUGAGUUUGUGUAAGGCUGCAAAUGAGGAUUUAUAUAAAGCAUUAUUUUACAAGAAAUAGAAACAUUUAUUGUGUGAUAAUGCACGAGGGUAAUGUUGGGGGAAUACGAGAAAAUUGAAACUCAACUGCAUGAUAAAUGUUGUAGGAACCAAUACCAACAAAAAGUCGAAGAACUAGAACCAGGCAUCUGUGAAAGUCAAGCAAAUAGUAUGUUUUAACAAAUUAUGUUGUGUAUAUCUGGGGGUCAUCCUAUAAUGUAUCUAAGACCCCGUUUACACGGUACCGGACGAAUUUGUGACCGGACGAAAAUUCGUCCGUUUCGGCCGUGUAAACAUACGAGAACCACGGACCCGGACGAAUUUGAGACCCCCUAACAGGACGAAUUCGCGUGUAAACAGGCGAAAAAGGACGAAUUUUCGUCCGGUCCCAAAUUCGUCCGGUACCGUGUAAACGGGGUCUAAGGCCUGUUUUACACGUCGAAUUUUGGUCGCGUCGAAUGCAUUAAGAUAGAGAUAAUGAGAUGAUAAACCUCAUUAAGCUUUCAUUAUCUAUAUCGUUUGAAUUGCAUUCGACGCGACCAAAAUUCGACGUAUAAAACGGGCCUAAAAUUUCUGAAUUAUAUAUAUUUUAGGAAAAAUGCCUAAUCAUGAACACCCCAAUCGUGAUUGAACAGUCUCUUAAUUAUAAUUAAUUAUGGCACCUACAUAUGGUACCAAAUACAUGCCACUCGAAACUGCAUUUUGCCACCUCUGCAUGCAUGUGCAUACCUAAAGCAGUACGUAUAACGAAAGAAAGAGCAAUUAAUCACUAUUCAUUUAAUUUGGUUAUUUUUCUAUAUACUAAAUAUAUGAUACUGAAGCAGGUAAUAUCAUUGGCAUGGAUAUUGCUGUGAAAAUGUUUAAUUACGUAUACCGAUAAAUUCUCUUUCAGCAAAAUUAUCGCACAAAGUUGAUUGUUUCUGAGGACAAGCAUGCAAUUCUGCGAAAAUUAACGCGCAAAUAAAAGUGUGCAUGAUCAUGGCAGAUUUUGAAAUAACAUUAAAUCUAAUAUAAUGUAUAAUAUUGCUGUACGCUAUAUAGAUGGACUUUGUCAUUCAAAAAUUCUUAAUGAGAAUGGGGAGUUUAUCGCAAAGCUUAUGGAGUGGUUGAAUAGUAAAUCAACAUGGACUCUGUGUUGGCGAGCGUCUCAACAUGGUUGGCCAGCGUCUACUUUUCAUACAAAGUGCGAUUCCAAAGGACCAACUGUGACGAUUGUUUCCGUAGAAGAAGGAAAAUAUGUAUUUG